AUGCUGGGCGAAAUAUCAACUCUUGACGAACUUCUUGCCGAGUUUGACAUCUCUUGCCAGGAUCCUGAUCACCUACUCGACACUGCCGAGCUUCUACUUGCUCGCAUCGGUAAGCGCACCGUCCCGGAUAUCUUUGUGCCAGGUGCGCAAACCCGACCGAUUUCCACUAGCCUUUAUUCUUCGUGCUCGCCGCGCACCUGUUCACCUGCUACCUCGCUUCAUUCCACAGGCAACAGUAGUUACGUUGGCAGCCUUAGAGGUAGCUACAUCGACAAUGCCUUACCUAUCACUGAUCUGACAGAGACUGAGGCUAUAGUGGCCAUGACGAAGGCAAUAUAUCAGCGCCAUCUAUCUGGGUCCAGUCUUACAGCCUCACUUGGCCCUAGCUCUGGAUGCUGCUCCAGCGGCCAUGGAUCAUUUACAGGUACUUCUAUCCAAAGUGGCCAAACUUGCCCAAUCGGCUUGCCUGUCUCUGGAGUAAACCAAAGAGAGACCGAAGAGUUGAUGGAAUGUAGUGGCCACCUAGGCUUCCCUCCCGACUCAGCCAUCAGGCAACGGACUUUAUCGCGAUUGGGCGAGCCAGACGAAAGGAGCAGCAAUAUUGCUACUGGAGGAGCUAUUUGUGACAGCAGCACUGUCCAUGCACCGGUUUUUUCAGACACUAACAAAAUCGUAUCUAAUCUUACUGACUUUGUCGUGACAUAUUCCGGGCGCGGACAAGCAUACUCAAUGAUAGUCGCCCAGGUGGGCUUGCUUGGUAUAGGUUACGAUGCAACAAAGGUUUUCCUGAGUCAUGGAAAGCUAGAUAACGAUCGAUCUACUGAGGUAUGA